UUGUGGUAUCAAAUUUAAUAUAAUGUCAUGAAGGAUGCUGCAAACAGUGAAAACAGUUCUAGACACUUCCAAUGUUAUAAAUUCAUAGUUACCCGGUCUUAGUUAUCGGUAUCUGCCGUGAUGAGGCGAAUAAGAAAAAUGUAAAGUAUGGUAUUAAUUCCUAAAUUAUGAAGGCUGUCACCAAGACAUCUCCGCCAGCUCAGCGCUGUUUCUUUCGUGAAGAAAGAGARGACGGAGCCGUGUAUGAAGUUUCUCUCAAGAAAGUUCGCUAUCGUCGCAGUGCUAAAUAUUUAGUGGAUAUCAGCGAAGAACCGGUCUCUCACUUACAGUGGGAAACAAUUCUUGUGCGAAAAAUCAAAGCAGGAACUUUGAAGAAACUUGUUGAUAAUUUAGUAUCAGAGAAGGACUCUUUAUCCGAAGACUCGGAUCCCGGUUAUUUAAUGGGUUUUUUAUCAACUUAUCGGGCAUUUGCUGAAGUACAUGAUGUAUUGGAACUUCUUAUUGAAAGGUGCCUUGAUGCUCAGCAAAUGAGAAUUGAAAGUCCAGAGAAAAGUCUGAUUAUCAUGAAAGGCGUUAUUGGAGUKCUUAUGGUUUGGCUUGAGCAGUUCUGCUCGGACUUUAAUGCGCCGCCAGACUUCGCAGAUCUAAAGAGACUGAAUAACUUUGUAAAUAAUCAACUAGAAGGAGAUAUCAAGAAAGAUUUGGCCAAGAAAAUUACAGAAAAGCUUCAAACAUUUAUUAUAACACCAUAUGAAAGUGAAGGGGAUCCAAUAGGCUUUAGAUUGUCUAUGCUUAAGGAUGUUGAUUACAUCGUGGAGGCUGACAAAACAAGUGGCUCUUAUGAAGGACUUGACUUUGAUUUGUUGUCAUCCAACCCGGAGUCGUUCGCAGAGCAGCUUACUCUUAUGGACGCAGAGUUGUUUCGCAAGGUCAUCCCUUGGCACUGUUUAGGCUCAGUAUGGUCAAAUAGACGACGGAGCAAAGAUACUCACAAUACAGCAAAACCAACAGUUGAACAAUUUAAUGCUGUUUCACUGCGAGUGAUUUCUACUAUCCUUACUUGUUCCAGUAGGAAAAGUACAGCGCCAAGCAAAAGAGCACAAUACAUAACACGUUGGAUCGAGAUUGCGCAGGAAUGUCGAGAUAUCAAGAACUUUUCGUCUCUGAGGGCUAUUAUUUCUGGGCUCCAGUCUGCCUCAAUACAUAGGCUAAAAAAAUCUUGGAUGCAAGUCCCAAGGGAAAAACAGCUUUUAUUUUCUGAGCUCUCGUCGAUUUUUUCAGAGGARAAGAAUCAAAAAAUGAGCAGAGAGCUUUUGAUGAAGGAAGGGACAGCUAAAAGACCAGAAUCAGAAACGUCUGGAAUAAAAAGACCGAACAGCCUGAAGAAACGACGAUCGCGGUUUCUAAACUCAGACUCCGUUAUGCAAGGAACAGUACCGUAUCUAGGAACAUUUUUAACAGAUCUGACAAUGAUUGACACAUUAUAUCCAGAUUACACAGAGGAUGGAUUGAUUAAUUUUGAGAAAAGACGAAAGGAAUUCGAAGUCAUUGCACAGAUCAAACUUCUGCAAGAAGCCGCAAAAAAUUACAACAUUGUACCUAAUGGAAAUUUCAGGCAUACGUUUGACUCACUCAUGACGUUUUCUGAAGCAGAAAGAAGUCAACCGAGAACUCACCGGUAUUAAUAAGACAUCAGAGAAAUCAUUCUUCUGGCUCGUCCUCUUCUUCUUCUGGGAUCUGUUCAGGUUCAGAAGCAYCAGUCGCCAAGGGGAUGUCUAUUCCUAUAAAGAGAAGGUCUUCUCCGUGUUUCAGAUUACCAUCUYCACCUGUAACGUCUUCCAAUCCUUGGUCUCCUAAUAAGUAUUCAUCCUCUCCGUCACCAUUUGCCGGUUUUGGAGGCCUCCAGGCUGGAUAUAUUAUCCGUGUAAGCCUUGAAGAUGAGGAAGAUAGUGGACUUGUAUACAAAGGCGUUUGGCUUUCCCAAAGCGAGCGCACACCAACUGUUAUUCAAAAAUGUUUAUUAAAACAUGGCYUAAAUGAAAACUCUAAAGCGGAUUACUGCCUGGUGCAGCAAUUACCAAAUGGAAAUGAACUGGUUUUUCCAGAUCACUGCAACGUUUAUUAUGCGGUCAAUUCUAAUGCCGAGCCUCUGACAUUUCAGCUUCGAAAAAGAUAGUCCUAAUAAUUGCGGCCCGGUUGGUGUCUAUGUGGACGCCAAGGGACAUGCAUGCAGUAUGAGAGUAUGUCCGGCUCAACAGCUUGAGGAGUAUAAUUUAUAAGCAUCGAAAGCUUUGGCGUAAUGUUUCCCAUUUCAGACCACUUGUCAUUCUCUUGAGAAGAAGAUUCUUUGUUUGUGUUGUAUCGAUAUACAGGUGUCUUUUUAUAUGCAACCGUUGAAAAAAGAAAUGAUACUCUAGGGGAUGACGCCUUGUUUGAAAUGAGAAAAUAUUACAUCCAUACCAGCCCAACAGUCUAUCAAUCUACUUCAAAGAACUAUUGCGGGGUUAGCAAUUAGAAUUCGAUUUGGUUACCCUGUGGURGGAACGAGGCAUUCUCCGCGUUCAAUUUCUUGCUCGUUUGUGUGCAGUGUCACCGGAGUCUUUGCUGACCUUCAAAAGGAUAAAUUAGCAUUUAUCUUGUUUUGACCCUCCCAAUAUUGCUUUCCACCUUUACUUGGUCAAAAAAUCUGAAAAAGAAAUACAUCGUUUCCUUGCUUAACCACAGGGUGACCAAAAGGAAUCCUAGAUAUAGAACAUGUAUAUAGGUUACAUCUACAAGGGCCUUAUUCACGCGGUAGCGAUGCAUGUUUAUUCUCAUGARAAUACAACUCUUCGCCGGUUUAACCCGCAUAAAAUCACUGUCAAGCAUUUGAAUGCGAGGCUACGCGUAGAGUAAUCUAUUGUUCAAACCAAUAUGGUUACCGCGUGAAAAAAGCAUAGUAAGUAACGAGAUACAUGUAUACAACACAGCAAUGCUCGCCAAUGUAAACACCAACAGUUAGUAUGCUCACAAAACCCCUAAUUAUUUAUUUUAUUUUAUUUUUUAAUUUUUAAUUUUUAAUUUUUUAGUCUUGUUAUAAAGAACUCCACGAGUAAGCAUGCAUUACAACACAAGAUCCGGUCUGGUCUGAUCCGGUCUGGUCUGAUCCGGUCUGGUCUGAUCCGGUCUGGUCUGAUCCGGUCUGGUCUGAUCCGGUCUGGGCUGGGCCGGUGUGUUUUUGAUUAUAUAAAAUAAAUAGUUUUAUACAAAAGAAACGCGAGAAAGGAAAAAACCCUUUAUCCAUAUUUUUUUGCUUUUUAUAUUUUAUAUUUAAGAAAUAAAAUCAUUUUACACGUAAA